CCGCAUGAAGCUGAGAUGGCGACGAGAACGCCUGCCAAUUCCCUCAGAGGAGGGCUGGAAAGGGAGGCUGUUCCAAGGAUCAAUAGAGAAAGGAACGGGAGGAGAAGAGACGACAGCUUACUUUCAAGAAGAAUUUGGAGCAUUUUCAGAAUCUCAUCUCACUUGUGAUACAGCUUACUCAAAAGUUAUUAGCAAAAUAUGUAUUCCAAACCUCCAAUUGAAGACGAUACGGUCAGCUCAUUGAGGCAACGCCUUCAUGUCAUGAAGGAGAUCUUUGGCGAUUCGGACGAGGAGCUUUUGGACGAGACCUCCAAACGACGACGACAGACUCAAAGGCGUAAACGCAACUGCAUCGACACCAUCAUUGACGGCAGCUUCAUGGGCAUGGUUUUGGCCAUUUGCUUGGUUAUGGUAUUGAGUGCGGCCUUUUUUGCUUACAAGAACUUGUACCACGCCGUCAUGAAGAAGAUGUACCCGGAGCAACGUUAAGGGAAUCAACUGUCAAUGCUUUGGGUCUCUUAUUAUGUGCCAAUUAGUGAAUGAACGCAUGUCAGGAAGAGCAAAAUGGCUCAGUGGAAAUGGACAAUUGUUUUGUGGGAAACAUUGGAGAUAAGGAUGGAAUCCUCGAUUUCGACUCUUGCAUCCGCUGAGACCACUUUUUUUGAUAAACCCCUUUUCACUUAUCCAUACUCUCACAUCCGCCCUCAAUUUCAGUAUUCGAAUUGCAAUGCAUACAAAUAUAAAACUCAAACCCUUUGGA